UUAACGUCAACGACACAAUAAUUGUUACUUUUUACUUUAUUCUGUGGUCAACGAUCUCUUGAAUCUUGAUAUUCUCGAUGCAUUCGCAGAUCUCACUUAUGUAGACCGUCUUUGAUGUCCUUAUGAAUGAAUGAUACAAAUUAAAACAGAUGGCCAUCACAGCUGUGGCAUUUCAUUCGUUACAACUGGUUUUGUUUUGUUUCGCAGACAAAUUGUUGGUAAAAAGAAAUUUGCACCAAUUUUAGUAAAAUGGGUGAUGAGACAAAGUCAAACCAAACCGAACAUAUUAAUCUUAAACUACUGGGGCAAAACAAUGUUGUCGUGCAAUUUAAAAUAAAAAGGCACACGCCCCUAAGGAAAUUGGUGGCAGUGUACUGUCAGCACGCCGGCCUGAGUGCGGAUGUUAUCCAAUUCCGUUAUGACGGGAACUGGUUAAAAGAAACGGAUACACCUGCUGAUGUUGAAAUGGUAGACGGUGACACCAUAGUAGUAUGUAUGCGGCAACCAGAUGGACCCUCUUAAGCAUUUUUUGUACACUUACCUGAUACUUUUCCAUGGUAAAUCGACAGAAAAUUUAAAGUAAAAUAAAACAACUUUAUUAUGUAACAUUUUAUAAAAUUUAUAACUUUUUCACAAAA